AAAGAAGCGGCAGUCAUGGAGGCAGACCGUGAGAGCGGGGCAGAUUUUAGAGUAAAUGUCAAGUCGAAAAAACACGUUCGUGAACAGCUUGAAAAGUAUAAAGACUUAUUUAAAAAGUUGCUCGAUGGCCAAUGCCACAUUUCCGAGGAGGACAAAGCUAAAUUGCUGCAAGAAAUGGUUGUGAACUUUGAAUUCACAGUGCAAGAAAAUCUAGUUAUUGGUGGCUUGUCCUGGGACGAGGUGUCAGAGGAUUAUUGUGAAGACUAUGACAGCACAAUAAAUGACAUUCUGGAUGAGAAAAUAGUAGAGACUGCCUGCAAACGCAACUCUUACCCAAAGCAAAUACGCAACCAGGUUGUACGAUCAUUAAGAGCAGAAAGGAAACUUCUGGGUUUGUAUGAACAGACAGUGAAGCCACAAGACCUAAAACCAGACCCAGCUCAAGACACUGCCAUCAGAAAUGUGUCAGCUGCUGCACCUGCAAUGUUGAAACAAGCCAGUACAGUUAUGAAGUCUCUGAAAAGUCUGAAGCAGGCAGCCGAGGGCUUGCGUCAAGUACUUGACAUGCAGCCUUCAGCGGAGUCGGUGGAGAUCUACAGUGAAGUGUUUGGCAGCUCAGUAGGAGACGUCUAUCCAGACAUUCACCACAGGCUUCCCUCCACCAUCAAAAGAGCUGCGUCUGAUUCAGAAUACAGUGCAGACUAUGUACCUGCUCCAAAGACCAUCCAAAUGACUGAUGCAAAUUAAUGUGUAUAUCUGUGUAUGUAUCAUUUUGUAUGGUAAUAGAGAAGGGCAGUUGGGAGUAUUGUAUUGACACCUGUUAUUAGAUAAAUGUUUUGUAUGUUGAUUUUUACCCAUAUCAUGUAAAUAAAUAUUCAAGAAAUACUUUGUGCAUAUAGUUAAAAAUGAAAAAUAAGUGCUACAUCAAUUUCUUUUUCCAUUACAAUAAAUUCCUUUUUUUGGAGAA